AUGUCUCUCGAGAUAGUUGUGGGAAUAUUGGGACUCCUCGGCUUUACGAUGGUGAUUCUCAGUGUUUCGGUCUCGUUUAUGUUCCUCCGGAAACGAGAUGACAAGUGGUCCAUCUUGUCCAUCGCAGCGGGUGUCGUCGCGGUGUUAAUGUAUGCGCUUUGGUACGUGGGUUCUUGGUACGUGGAAGUUCUGACCUACGACAUGCUCGAUGCUCUACGCAGCAUUUCCUAUUCGAACCUAGAUGAUGACAUCUUCAGAAGCUUGCGUAUCCACGGAGACGAGUGUCGCGUGAAAUUCAUCUGCGAGCUCACGAAGAUCACCGCCUCGAAGAGUGAGGCAGUAACGUCGUUCAGAAGGCUUUUACCAGCCUACGACGUCGACGGAUUGGGCAGCAAUUAUAUCUCCGGCAUGCUCGGGGGCAUUCGUGGGACCAACUGCUCGCUGCUUUUCACGAAUUGCGAACACUCGCCCCUAGAAAAGACCUUCCCAUUCCUGAAAGACGAGCUCUAA